CGAAGUAAGUGUUCCUUUUCCAUCAAAGAGAAUUGCUGAAAUCGUUUAUGACGUUAUUCGAGUGGAUCCGGAGCCAAAAAAGAAUCAAGUAGACAAGAAAAUUACCUUAAAUGAGCAGAAUUUGAACAUAAAAGUCGAAGCUGACCAACCAAAAGUAGCGAGAGUCGUUUUGAACGGAAUUUUCGACGCAAUUAUCCUCAGUACAGAGACAAUUGAUCAAUUUGGACCUCCGACAUCGGAUUCUUACGAUCAUUACGAUGCCUGAACACACUCCAGCUCCGACGCCAUCCCGCGCUGUCUACGGAUUCGUCUUAUUUUUGCUUUUUAAAACACUUUUUGUCGUUUACGUCAUUUGGGUUUACGUUCCCCAACGUUUUUUCGAAGAUACGCUCGGCUUGACUUACCUUCCCGACAAAUAUUUUGCACUUUUUAUCCCGAUUCUCUUGAUGGUUGCCUUAUGGAUCUUCGCUUUUUGCAUUUACCCCAUGAUGGGAAUCGCGAAAACGGCGAAAAUUGACUCGAUUGAGACCAUUCGAGAUGCUCACACGAUUCGUUUGUGCGAAUUUCAAGACGCAGCUGGUAGGAGAUGCAACGGAACAAUUUCCAACAAACAAGAAGAUGGCUUUUAUUUUAGACGAAAGUGUGAAAUUCACGAAAAUGGAGCGAUGGAUGACGUAAAAACCAAUGGAAAUCACAUCACAGACUUUUGCGAUUGUCCGAAUGAGGAAAAUUGUUUGCUGAAAACGGAUCCAACGUAUGUCGAUCAACUGAGAUUGAGGAAAAAUGUGCCGAGUGCGUAUGAUUUGGACAUAUCUGAUGUGUGUAAGAAGUUGUAUGGCGGUUCUUGAGUGAAUUUAGAUGUAAAAAGUAUUAUUGAUUUAAUAAUAAAGAAGAAAAAAUGAAAAAG